AUGGCGGAUGCUCUCCUUUCUAUUGUCCUAGACCGGCUGGCUUCUCUUACUCAACAGCAAAUUCAUCAGGAAGUUUCUCUGGUUGUGGGUGUUGAAACAGAAAUCCAAAGCCUCACCGAUACACUCCAGGUCGUCCGAGCUGUUGUUGCAGAUGCAGAGAAGAGACAAGUGAAGGAGGAACUUGUCAAAGUUUGGUUGCAGAGGCUUAAAGACAUCGCCUACCAAAUGGACGACGUGCUGGAUGAGUGGAGCACUUCUCUUCUCAAAUCUCAGAUUGAGAGAGCUGAAAGCCCUUCCAUGUCUAACAAGAAGGUAAGCUCCUGCAUUCCCUCCCCUUGCAUCUGUUUCAAACGAGUUGCUGGUCGUCGUGACAUUGCUCUUAAGAUUAAGGAUAUUAAACAGCAAGUGGAUGACAUUGCAAACCAAAGCAGUCGGUUCAAUUUUACAUCCAGAUUUAGCAACGAGGAACCACAGAAGCUUAUAACUAUCUCUGCAGUUGACAUUUCAGAGGUAUGGGGUCGGGAUAAGGACAGGGACACCAUACUAAGGCAGCUGUUGGGUAAGAGUUGUGAACAAAACUUGAGCCUUUACAUCAUCUCCGUGGUUGGGAUGGGAGGUAUCAGCAAAACAACUCUUACUCAACUAGCCUUUAACCACGAUGAGGUGAAGGCUCAUUUUGAUAAAAGAAUCUGGGUCUGCGUCUCUGAUCCUUUUGUCCCAAUAAGAAUUUUGAGGGCUAUUCUUGAAGCCCUCCAAGGCCAGUCUUCUGAUCUCCAUGAUCCUGAAGCUCUACAACAAAAAAUUCAAGAAUCUAUUGAUGGGAAAAAGUUUCUCCUUGUGCUGGAUGAUGUGUGGACCGAAGACUAUCAGUUGUGGGAACAACUCAAGAAUUGUCUCAAGUGUGGAGGUGGUGGGAGUAGAAUUUUUGUGACCACUCGCAAUGAGAGCGUUGCUAGGAUGAUGAGAAACACAUACAUGCACUCCUUAGGAAGCUUGCCAUUAGAGCAAUGUCGGGCAUUAUUUUCCCAAAUAGCUUUUUGCGGGAAGAGUACUGACAAGAUUGAAGAAUUAGAAGAAAUUGGAAAAAAAAAUAGCAGACAAGUGCAAGGGGUUACCUCUUGCCGUUAA